CAAUAUUAAAAGUAGAAGAAGAAGAAGGUCGCAGCCUGGUGACGCACAAAUACGCUUCAGUAUGGCUGAUACUAAACGAUGCUGACUGUAUUUUCAUGAAUGUCAGUUUUUACUAAACUAUACAUUGUCCGAAUAUCCAGACUUUAAAACGCUCUAAAGUUUGUAGAUAUUGUGUAAAGUUUCGGAUCAAAGAUGGAAGCUAACAGAAGAUAAAGCUCCAGGAGAACAACAGUUAACGUUAUCACUUUUUGGUCUCAAAUAUCUUGCCGUGAUGGCAUCAGAGGAUGAAAUCAAUCUGCUAGUCAUCGUCGUGGAUGUAAAUCCGAUUUGGUGGGGGCAGCAAGCUCAACGUGAGACAGAGCUCACCCUGUCGAAGUGUCUGGAUGCAGUCAUGGUUUUGGGGAACGCCCACAUUUCCAUGGCCAGGACUAACAGGCUGGCUGUCAUCGCUAGCCACUGUCAAGACAGUCACUUCCUAUAUCCCAAAAAGAGCUGGAGAGCGGGGGACAGCGGUGGGGAUGAUGCAUGCUCCAGUGGUGAUGGAAAAUAUGAACUCCUGGCAGUCGCCAAUAACCUUAUUGCUGAAGAGAUCAGGAAUGUUAUGUCGAAAGCUGAAGUGAAGGGAAAUUCAACUGAUACUUUUUUGGCUGGAUCCCUUGCCAAAGCUCUCUGCUAUAUUCACAGAGUCUCAAAAGAUUUGGAAGCUGGACAGGAGAUAAAAUCAAGGAUAUUGGUGAUAAAAGCAGCGGAGGACUGUGCCCUCCAGUACAUGAACUUCAUGAAUGUAAUUUUUGCUGCUCAGAAGCAGAACAUCCUGAUAGAUGCCUGUGUGUUGGACUCAGAGUCGGGUCUCCUUCAGCAGGCUUGUGAUAUAACGGGAGGAUUGUACCUCAAGAUACCACAGAAAGUUGCCCUGGCACAGUACCUUUUGUGGGUGUUCCUGUCUGACUCUGAGCAGCGUUCACAGCUGGUGCUGCCACCGCCUGCACAUGUGGACUACAGAGCUGCAUGUUUCUGCCAUCGUAACCUCAUUGAGAUUGGUUACGUGUGCUCGGUUUGUCUAUCAAUAUUCUGCAACUUCAGCCCCAUCUGCACAACUUGCGAGACUGCCUUCAAAAUCCAACUACCACAGAUGAUUAAGCCCAAAAAGAAGAAACUCAAACAGCCUACAUGAUUAUUGCUAUGAUUACACUAGUUAGUUUCAUUUUUUGAUAUUAAGAUUAUGCUAUUUUGCUUGCUA